AUGGGGCGCGCGCUCCCAGGGGCGCUACCUGGCGGGCUCGCGGGAGGGGCGCUGGGGGCACCCGAGGCCGUCCCGCCGCUCGCGGCCACCCCACCGGCCGCCGGCUCACAGCCCUCGGGCGCCGGGCAGGCCGCCCCCGCCGCUGCGGCGCCGUCGCGCCCAGCCGCCUCCGCGGCGCAGUCGUCCCCAGCGGCCAUGGCCGCGGGCGCACUUGCGGCCUUGGCCGACGUGUUCGACGCGCCGACCGCUGGCGUCUCGGCGGAGUCCCAGGCGCGGUCGCGCAUCGAGGACGCGCUGGACGCCUUCCUGGACGCCAGGCCCGCGUGGCGCGGCGGCCAGCGGGACGCGGGCAGGCCCCCGGCCGAGGGGCAGGACGAGGAUGCUUCCCGAAAUGCGUCCCGAAGCAGGAGCAGAAGAAAGGCCCCCAAGGAGAAGGAGAAGGAGAAGAGCAAGAAGGAGAAGGAGAAAGAAAAGGAGAAGGAGAAGGAGAAGGAGAAGAACGACAGGCGAAAGAAGAAGGAGGCGCGCAGAGGCAGCUCCUCCCGGUCUAGCAGCGCCUCCAGAAAGAAGAGGGCAAAGAAGAAGGAGAAAGAUAGGGAGAAGGAGAAAGAAAGGGACAGGGAGAAGGAAAAGGACAAGGAAAAGGACAAGGAGAAGGACAGGGACAGGGACAGAGACAAGGAGAAGAGCCACAAGGGCAGAGACGCAGCCCCCGACUGGGUGCCGCGCUCCCCGAGCACCAAGCGGGCGCCGCCCGCCCAGGCUCCGCCGGCGCAACCGGCGGCCGCCGCCCCGAGGCUUGCCGCGCCCGAGACCGCGGCGCCGCCGGCGCAGGCGGCGCAGCUGGCGGCCUCGGCGGCGGCGUUAGCGCCGCCUUCGCGACCGGCGCAG